AUGCAAAACGACGACGUUAUUUGGAGUAUUUUAAUGAAAGGCCGGGGCAAUUGCUCUUACUUGAUCAAGACCAAAUCACAAAACUUUUGCCGAAAUGAAUACAACGUGUCAGGUCUUUGCGGCCGGAAGACCUGUCCACUUGCCAACAGCAACUACGCGACCGUUCGAGAGGAAGAAGGCCAGUGCUAUUUGUUUAUCAAAACAAUUGAGCGAGCUGCCUUUCCGGCUAAACUCUGGGAGAAGGUCAAACUGUCUAAAAAUUAUGAAAAGGCCCUCGAACAGAUCGACCACCACCUGAUGUACUGGCCGAAGCACCAGAUUCACAAAUGCAAGCAGCGAUUCACUAAGAUCACCCAGUACCUCAUUCGUAUGCGCAAGCUACAGCUGCAGCGGCAGAAGAAGUUGGUGCCACUGCAAAACAAGGUGGAGAGACGUGAACGCCGUCGAGAGGUCAAGGCACUCAUUGCUGCCCGACUUGAAAAUGCAAUCGAGAAAAAUCUGCUGGAACGACUUAAGAAGGGCACUUACGGCGAUAUCUACAACUUUCCGCAAACCGCUUUUGAAAAUGCACUGAGCACAGAAAUGGAGGAAGGGCAGGAGGAGGAAGAGGAAGAAGAGGAAACAGAGUAUGAACUUGAAAAGGAGCUCAUCAGUGACGAUGAAGAGGAAGACGGCGAAACGGUGGAGUACGUGGCCGCUGAUGCGUUUGACUAGAGCGAUGAAGAGGACGAGGAGGAGGAGGAGGACAUUGAGGACAUUAGCGAUAAGCUGGACAUGGCCAGGAAGGGUGCCAAGAAAGGACCUAAAAAGGGCAUCCUCAAGAGGCCUCGCAUUGAGAUCGAGUACGAAAAUGAGUAUGAUCGCCUGUCCACCUCAAAACAAACUCGAUAA